UUCAUAUGAUGAGGCUUUUAUUAUGGCCAGUGACCCCUUGGAAGGCUUUCAUGAAGUGAACCUUGCUUCGCCAACGACACCGGAUCUUCUUGGCGUAAAUGAGCCGGGGACUCAGGAACAAACUACCUCACCCAGUGUUAUCUACCGACCACAUCCUUCUGUUGUGUCCUCCGCACCGAUCCAACCCAAUGCAUUAAAUGUUUCUGACCUUCCCACGCAACCUGUUUAUUCAUCUCCCAGACAGCUGAACUGUGGAGAAGCAUCAGGUGUCAGCAUCAAUGUUACCGACGCAGUACUUUGUUCUACCUCUGGACCCCAGGGUGGGUCAUUCAAUCACAAUAAUUCCAGAAAGGAGAGCAAUAACGCAGAGAGGGAGUUUUUGCAGGGUGCUACAGUAGCAGAUGUUGCAGAAGGAAAUGAAGAUAUUUUUGGGUUGAGUACAGACAGUUUAUCUCACUUACGGAGCCCAUCUGUACUGGAAGUAAGAGAAAAGGGCUAUGAAAGACUGAAAGAAGAACUUGCAAAAGCUCAGAGGGAGCUGAAGUUAAAAGAUGAAGAAUGUGAAAGGCUUUCUAAAGUGCGAGAUCAACUUGGACAGGAAUUGGAAGAACUUACAGCUAGUCUGUUUGAGGAAGCACACAAAAUGGUUAAAGAAGCUAAUGUCAAGCAAGCUGCAGCAGAAAAACAGUUAAAAGAAGCACAGGGAAAGAUUGAUGUCCUCCAGGCUGAAGUAGCAGCAUUGAAAACAUUAGUACUCUCUACUUCACCGACAUCUCCAACUAAGGAGUUUCAGUCUAGUGGAAAAACUCCUUUUAAGAAAGGCCACGCAAGAAACAAAAGUACAAGCAGUGCGAUGGGUGGCAGUCAUCAGGACCUUACCAUGAUGCAGCCAAUUGUAAAAGACUGUAAAGAGGCUGACCUGUCUUUGUACAAUGAAUUCAGAUCUUGGAAGGAUGAGCCUACUAUGGACAGAACAUGUCCUUUCUUGGACAAAAUUUAUCGGGAAGAUGUUUUUCCAUGUUUAACCUUCUCAAAGAGCGAGUUGGCCUCAGCUGUUCUGGAAGCUGUUGAAAACAACACUCUGAGCAUUGAACCUGUUGGCUUGCAACCUGUUCGAUUUGUGAAAGCGUCUGCAGUUGAAUGUGGAGGACCAAAGAAAUGUGCGCUCAGUGGACAAAGUAAGUCAUGCAAGCACAGAAUCAAAUUAGGAGAUUCAAGCAGUUAUUACUAUAUUUCUCCUUUCUGUCGUUACAGGAUCACUUCUGUGUGUAACUUCUUUACGUAUAUUCGAUACAUCCAGCAAGGACUGUUGAAGCAGCAGGAUGUGGACCAGAUGUUCUGGGAAGUGAUGCAGUUGAGAAGGGAGAUGUCACUAGCAAAACUCGGCUAUUACAAGGAAGAGCUCUAAAUCUUUUGACUCUUGCGCGUGCAUGAACUUCAUUGAAUAUACAUAACUAAAAUCGCUGAAUCUUUUUUUUUGUCACUCGAUAUUUAUUUCCACAAAGUGGGUCCAAGAUCUUUCUCCUUUUGCAGAUUGCACUAAGAAGUACUGUGAUUGUUUCAACUGACCGAUGCUGUAUAUGCCUACUUAUAAUACUUAGUUGAACAAAUGUGGUAAGCACUUGCAGGUGUAUUAGUGAUUGUAAUUUACAUUUAAAACCAAACCUUCUGAUUAAAGUGAUAGUC